AUGGACUCUAUACAAAUUCUAAAGCUCUGCACAGAACUCUCUGAGAUUGUGCGAGUAUUGGAGGCUGAGGAUGUCUUCUCCACGAGUACAAUACAUGAGUCUGAUAACGACCUUGAGAAACGUGCCUCGGUCAGCCAGCGAAUCUCGACCAUCAAUCGCCAUAUCUGCGGCAUUGUCGCCCGACUACAAGAUGGGCCCGAUCAGUUUUUGUAUCAGCUUGCAACCCAGAACCAAGUCCUGGCAUGUUUCAAAUGGUUGAGCGAUCACCAAGUUGUGGCAUGUCUGCCAUUGACGGAGAGCAUUCCCGUAGAAGAGCUCGCCAAUUUGGCUGAUGUGGACAAGGCCAUGCUCAGCCGAGUUGUCAGACUUGUAGCUUCGGUGGGAUUUUUGAGAGAGGACCGACCUGGACAUGUGGCCCAUACUGCACUGUCGACUCACUUCACAACUGAGCUUUCUUCCCUGGAUGCAAUCACAUUCCUAGCUAGCGAGAUCGCGCCGCUGGCAUUGCAAUCAGCAUCUAUCGCGAAGAUUCAGAGCAAGAGCAAGCUACAAGAUGAUCUGCAAUGCACACAGACCAAUGGCAUGGACAACAGCAACUCCUGCUCGCACCUUUCAUUUGGAGGAAGCUCAAUCCGACCACAGAUCCAGCGACAGUGGGCGGCGUACUGCCAGAAAAUGGGCAAGUCAGAGUCCAUUCUGGGUUCUGUCAUCAAUCAUCUCAAUUGGCAAGGGCUAGGGCAGGCCACUGUGGUACAUAUUUGUGCUACUCAUUCUGACCUUUCGAAUACACUCACAAAGAUUGCACCGGCGAUUCGAGUGAUCGUUCAAGUCUAUGAGUGGGCGCCACCAGAAGUUACGACUGCCUCCAGCUCUUCAAAGCCCCUGUUCGCACAAGGUGUACCGAGACAGUCCUCAACAACGCAACCCAUCAGAGACGCAGCAGUCUAUGUUGUGCAGCCUGAUGCCUCAUCGCUUCCAUCCGGUAUGACUUCGCUGCAAGAACUCGUCGCAUCAGAGCUGAGAUCGCACCUCCCUGUGCUCCGAGCCAAUCCAGCCUCGCUUUUGAUUCUUGCGCCGCCGCUUCUUCCAGAGCCAGGGUCAGUAUCCCCGCAGGUAGAGACGCAAGCCCGUGUACGCGACUUUGCCCAGCUGCAGCUAACCAGUGAUGGCGCCCUCGAACUAUCGGAGCUGUACGAAAUCGUUCAAAGCGUAGACGACAGCUACGGCAAUUUGGCGGUCUGCAACGAGAUGCGAUCAAAACAGGGACACGUAGUGGGACUUACCGUGAAGUACCAGUCACGCUCGGAAACUGCCCUGCUGAGUUCUAAUGCGGACUUUGACAUGUCAUGGGCUGACUGGUCAUCAUACGCUUGA